AUGUCCGAAAAUAAGGCGAGUCGCCCAUCUGAUUUUAACACUAAAUCUCAUAGAAAAUCGUAUAUAACUUUUCCUAGUAUCAUUAGAAAACGCCAAUAUAAUGCGGCUAUAGGUAGUAAUCAACGAUGGGCCAUUAACGACGGGUUUUUGCCAAAUCAUGUAAACGUAGUAGAUAGAGGUGAAAAGAUAUUUUCCUGUGGCUUGUACUCAGAAGAUGGUACUAAGUUCAUGUCUUUACAACAGGAAAAUGUUAUAAAAAUUUACGAUGCCACAACUCCAGCAUUAAAAUGCACCCAUGAAUUCAAAUGCAAAAAUGAAGGCUGGAUACUAGAUGCCGUGUUUAGUCCCUGUGGUAAUUACGUGCUUUACUGCAAAUGUCCAGGAAAAAGAGUAUAUUUGUACAAUAUUGAAGAUCAAGUUCAUAAAAAUGUAUCAAGUGCUUUAUAUACUAAAGACGAUUUAUACUGCGGAAUAUUUCCUAUCAAAUUUAGUGGGGAUUGUAAAAUGUAUUUAUCCGCCAUUACCGAUUGUUACAUCUGUAUACAUGAUUUGGAAAUCGAUAAACAACUACUUUUUAAGGAACAUACUGGGACUGUCUACUCAAUGGCAUUUCUUGAAAAGUCUUCUAAAAUAUUCGUAAGCGGUGGUGCUGACACAAUUUGCAGAAUUUGGGAUAUAAGAUGUUUAAAUGAGAAUCGAGCAUCGCCGGUUGGUUUUUUAUACGGUCAUAGAUAUGAUAUUCUACACAUUGAUUCAAAAAACGAUGGAAAACACUUUUUGACAAAUUCUCAUGACCAAUGUGCCAAAUUGUGGGACAUCCGAAUGUGUCGAGAACAAAAAAUUGUCGACUAUUUUCCAAGGCGCUACAAUGCAGAUGCUUAUGAUGACCCUAUUAUACCAGAGGAUAGAUCUGUUAUGACAUAUGUAGGUCACAUACUACAACGGACUCUUAUGCGGUGUCGAUUUUCGCCACAAUUCAAUACUGGCCAAAGAUAUACUUAUGCUGGUAGCGCUGAUGGUAAGGUGAUAAUAUAUAACACUAAUUCUGGAAAAAUCGUUAAAGAACUCGAUCAUAAAAAUAUGGAUUGUAUAAGAGACGUACAUUGGCACCCGCAUCGAAUAGAAAUUGCAAGUUCUUCUAGGGAUGGUCAAUUGGGAAUUUGGACAUACGAAUCAAAGGGCGAAGGAGGACCAAGAGCAAAGAAAAUGCGAUUAGAAACCGAUUGUAGCAAUUAG